UCGCCUGGACAGAGUAUGAGAUCGCUGACGACAUGGUUUGUUUUGAUGGGCGUGGCUAGAACUGUGUUGCCUCCGCCCUCUGCUGUACACAGAAGUCGCUGUCUCAUGGGGCACCAAGUCCUUCAAACCCAUCAGGAGCGGGAAGUAGAGGAACGUAAAAUAAAUCCUGACUCUGCACAAGAAACAACUAUGGCGGACGGCGAUGCGGACCAGGCUGUUCCGGCGCAAACGGUAGAAGAGCCGCUGGAUCUGAUACGCCUCAGCCUUGAUGAGCGUAUUUAUGUGAAGAUGAGGAAUGACAGAGAAUUGAAAGGGAGACUUCAUGCAUAUGAUCAACAUCUAAACAUGGUUCUUGGGGAUGUGGAAGAGACAGUCACUACAGUUGAGAUUGAUGAAGAGACUUAUGAAGAAAUCUACAAAUCGACAAAAAGAAACAUCCCUAUGUUGUUUGUGCGUGGAGAUGGAGUUAUUCUUGUCUCACCACCAAUGAGAACAGCAUCAUAAUCCAUGACAUCGGAUCAUCGUCUUGUUUCAUCAGUUGUUUGAUUACUAUAGCAUCACUCUCAUGAUGAUCACACUGUGUCCCAUGCUGUUAUGCCCUUAAAUGUGAAACAGUGGCAGUUCUGCUGCUGAUUUAAAAAAAAAAUUCUUUUUGGAAUUAUUCUUUCAUCAUUGAUUGUAAAGCAUUUCAUGCUCUUAAUGUACAUCGUAAUUUUUUUUAUUGCCCAUUUUCAGGUGUCUUUUGUAGGCCAAUGUUCAGUCAUUGGUAGAUCAAUGUGCAUUACUGAUAGUAGUCAAAAAUUAUUUCCAGUCAUAUAAUCUAACAUUUUAUCUAGAUUGGUUUUCAAGUCCCAAGGAUUUCAUUAAUUUCAGCAAAGUUCUUUUUUACCUGUUAUUUAUAGUACAAGAAGGAGAAUUUGUACAUCUUUGCAUUGAACAUUAUAGUUGCACAUAAAUCACAUGAAUUUGCUGCUGAGGUUAUGUGUAUGAAUUUUGUCACCAGAAUGAACCUAAAAUUCAUGUUAUUUCUAUGUUAAAUUUUGAAUUGGUGGUUACAAACCCCAUUUCAAUAAACUUUGACUGUUGGGGUCAUAGCUAAUUUCUGAGCAGCUUCUGUUCACCUCAGACUUUGUAAUAGUGUAAUGGGCUAGUUGCACAAGACAUUUCUAAAUUUAAUCUUGUUUUCUUUUGCCAAUAUAAAAUUGGUUGAGACAUUGUGUUUUAACCAAGAAAAAAACUUGGAAAACUGUACUUAAAACACUGCUAAAAGGCUUAGGUAACAAACGUAAGCAGCCGGGGAGUGAUUUUAAAAAAUCCUUUUCAUUUUACGUUUGUAAGUUUCUAUUUGCUUAUUUAUAAUUAUUUUAAGGUUUAGAAGUGGGUUGUGCAAUUAGCUCCAAGCUAUUAAAGAUUUGUAGGAGUGGCAAAAUGCGAAAAAAGAAAUUUUUGCAACAGGGUCUGUUUUCGGUUGAUUUAUAUUUCAUUUUUACAGGACAACAGUCAAACAGUCCAAUCUGAUCAAUAUGUUGUAGAUGCUAAACACUAACAUGAAACCAACUAUUUUGCCCAAGCAGCAAAGCCCCCAAAGUAAACAGUUACAGAGUUCCACUGAAUUCAUUGCACUUGCAAUGCACCUUGACCCCUUGUAAUCAUUAGUCAUCAUUUAUUUAUCAUCAGUUCAUGCUUGAAUAAAGUUGUCUGUCUUACAA